UUGAUAAUUAUGCAUCAUAAUGAUCGAAGAACUGCUCAUGAGCAUUUAUUCCAGCUUUUGGGAGAUGUUGCCAUCGUCAUCGAUCCGAUCGAUGAUUUAUCAUUUAGAUACCAAUCGGAUAAGAUUCAAGAAUUUACAACCAUCCUUCGAAGAUUUAAUCCACGAAAUAUUCUUAAUGUCUGUGAAAAGGACAGAGUUGUUACCAUUUAUAACAAAGAAUCUUUAAAAUUUUAUCUCGAACAGCAUCUUGAUGUAAAGCGUAUCAAGGCUCUAAAGAGAUGA